AACUCAUUUCUCAUUUGGAUUAAUCGCGUGAGCCGUAGCGCGAGUGACAUUGUCAUUCAACGUCAAAUAUUCCCGUGUAAACCUCCCAAAAAAUGUCCGAUAAAGUGGAAGACCUCAACUACGACUUCAACUACAACCUCUUCAUCGCCAAAACCCUCCUCAACAACCUCUCGAAGCAUGAGGACAAGACGCGGGCCACGCGAUGGAUGAAGAAGUUGAGUACGUGCAAUCGCACCCUCAACGAGAUCAAGCUGCGCAACGACUUCAUGUAUUACCUCAUUGUGAACAUCCAGAACGGGGAGCUGCAGCCGCCGUUCAACGAGAAUCCGCCCCAGAAGCCCCUCCCGUCGAUCGCGCAUUUACUGCCAGGUGGGGCGGAGGCCGAGGCGAAAGACGAGGCGGCGGCGUUUGAAAAGAUGGAAGAAACGACAGCGGGGAGGAAGCCUCUGCUGUAUGAGCAUUCGCCCGAUGGGGGCGCGUUUCUAGCCGCGCAGCCUAUACCCAGGUGUGGGGCGUUCUGCUAUCUAGCGGUCGUGGCGAGGAAGCCAGAAGCUGAUUAAUAAUUAGAAAAUGUUUUACAUCAAAUUUAAUAUUUUUGACUGAGUAGGCAACCAAUAAUACACACUUUUUUAAAAUUCAA